AUGGUGGAUUACUAUGAAGUUCUAGGUGUGCAGAGACAUGCCUCACCUGAGGAUAUUAAAAAGGCAUACCGUAAAUUGGCACUGAAGUGGCAUCCUGAUAAAAAUCCUGAGAAUAAGGAAGAGGCAGAGAGAAAAUUCAAACAAGUAGCUGAGGCAUAUGAGGUGUUAUCAGAUGCUAAAAAACGGGACAUCUAUGACAAAUACGGCAAAGAAGGAUUAAAUGGAGGUGGAGGCGGAAGUCAUUUUGGCAGUCCAUUUGAGUUUGGCUUCACAUUCCGAAAUCCAGAGGAUGUCUUCAGGGAAUUUUUUGGUGGAAGGGACCCAUUUUCAUUUGACUUCUUUGAAAAUCCAUUUGAUGAUUUUUUUGGGAAUCGCAGAGGCCCCCGUGGGAGUCGAAACCGAGGUGCAGGAUCCUUUUUGUCUGCCUUCAGUGGGUUUCCAUCUUUUGGAGGUGGAUUUCCUUCUUUUGAUACAGGAUUUACUGCAUUUAGUUCACUGGAUCAUGGGGGUAUUACUUCAUUCUCAUCAACAUCAUUUGGUGGUAGUGGAAUGGGCAACUUCAAAUCGAUAUCAACUUCUACUAAAACAGUUAAUGGCAGAAAAAUCAUUACAAAGAGAAUUGUUGAGAAUGGUCAAGAAAGAAUAGAAGUUGAAGAAAAUGGCCAGUUAAAGUCCUUAACAAUAAAUGGUAUAGCAGAUGAAGACGCCUUUGCCGAAGAAUGCAGGCGAAGAGGACAGAAUGCCCUCCCUUCCCAAUCAACCAAUGUCCGCUCCCUGAAGUCUCACAGACCUGCUGCUUUACCCAAACAUGGAUCUUACUAUAUUUGUGAAGAGGAUGACGAGCAAGACAGACCCCAGGUCUCCAGCAGCUGGGAUGCCUCCGUUUUUUCAACAGGUGUGCAAAGGGAAACUAAUGUGAAGCAAACCAAAACUGAUGCUUCGCGUAAUUCACAAGGAAAAAGAGGAGAGAAAACAUCCCUGUGCUGUUGUGUUGUGACCUGA